GUGAAGAAGAAAGAAGAAUGAGAACAAAAAUAAAAAUUGCAGAAGAGAGAAGGAAAAAAGCGCUUGAGUGGUACAGUUAUUGUACAGUGUGUAUACAGCACGGACUCGGAUCGAACGCGGAAAGGGUUAUCGGGUCACAUAUAAUAUAAAAGUAGAAACAAUAAUGCAUUAUAUACUUAAAUUUCUUAAUUACGCGUGUUAGUAAAAUAAUAAUAAUAAGAAUAAUAAAACCCUUACCCACUCCACAACUUGUUUUUUCUUCUAUAAACAUCGUUGUCGUCAUCAAUUAAUUUAAAUAAUAAUAUAUUAUACGCAUAUCGUGUGAAAAUACCUAUACGUUUUUUUAUAUUGUUUACUUUUGGUGUAUGUGAAGUAGUUAUUUUAUAUCAUCAGGUAUAUCCAUAAAGUCCAGUGACAUGUUGUUAAAUGUAUAUGAUUGUUUAAUCGUUCCUGCAUCGACCACCAGUUUAAAGGUAAAUAUUAUGUACGAAACACUAAAAACAACUAUUAAAAUAAGUACCUUCAUAAAUGAAGAUAGAAAAUAAAUACAAUUAAAAGAAAGCAAAAUCCUUAUGGAAACAGUCUUCUUCGGAGAAGGAUUAUAGAUACUCGAGUGAUGAAGGUCGAAAAUGAUGUGCCUACCAUAUUCAACCCGCGGAAGCCUAGAUUGUCACAGAGUAACGCGGUGCUGACAUCGGACCACCGGCCCUAUGGUCCUUUUUCGCACGUAUUAUCCAGGAGCGAAUCUCUAUGUCAGCCCGAAGAUGUGGAACAGGUGGAACAAUGCCAGAGAAGGCAGUUGGGUAUAUUCAAGAGGCUGAAGAACAAAUGUUGUUCGAAACAUGCGAGAAAGGUGUACUACGGGCUUUGUGUGACGUUCUUCGUGACUGCGUCAUGGGUGGGAGCCACACACGCCAUCAAGUACCUGUACAUGUAUCAUCCAACCAAGUAUCCGGUUCUUACCGGCAGCGGGUUUAACUUUUCGUCUAUACACCAGCAAACGCUGAUGACGUAUAACGCGCCUUUUUUCACCACAUGGUUCUGCACAAACUGGACGGUGUUGUUUUUCCCGUUGUACUUUUUUUGUCAGCUGGGCAGCCCCAAUUAUCAGACGCCCACGGACAUACUUGGAGAGAGCGUGCGCAAUUUUCGGGACCGUGGGUUCACAGCCGCACACUUUCUGACCCGGUGCUGCAUGUUUUGCAUGCUCUGGGUGUUCACUAAUUACUUAUACAUACACGCGCUCAGCAUUCUCGUGGCCACUGACGCUUUGGCCCUGUUUGCCAUUAACGUGUGUUGCGUGUACCUACUGUCCUGGGUCAUACUACACGAUCAAUUCGUCGGAGUCCGGAUCGUGGCCGUUAUUCUGUGCAGCACGGGCGUUGCUUUGCUCGCUUACAUGGACGCCGGGAUCACGAACAAAAAGAAAACAAUGACCGGAGUCUUAUUAGCGGCAUUGGCUGCCGCUGGGUCGGCUGUAUACAAAGUUAUGUUCAAAAAAAUGAUCGGUGAUGCUACGUAUGGUCAAGUUUCUUUAUUUUUUUCCCUAAUAGGCUUAUUGAAUGCUGCUCUACUUUGGCCCGUAUGUUUGGUAUUAUAUUUCUCCGAAAUCGAAAUACUCCAUUGGGACCGUUUACCAUGGAUGAUACUGCUCUCGGCCAGCACACUAUCAUUAGUCGCCAAUCUACUGGGAAAUUUGAGCGUCGCAUUUACAUAUGACAUAUUCAUUACGUUUGGAUUAAUCACUGCGGUUCCUGUGUCUGCAGCGAUUGACAUAACCAUACAUGAUGUGCAGUUUUAUGGUAUGAAACUUGCAGGCAUCAUAUUAAUAUCAAUUGGUUUCUUAUUGGUCAUGUUUCCUAACAACUGGCCCGAAUACAUUUUUCGAUUACUCAGGAAUAUUAUACUACUGAGUCAUAGCGCUAGGUGGAGCCGGAAAAACAGAGGACUACCGCCCAACCCACCGAAAGUGGAAAUUGACUACCGAACCGGAUAUAUUAGGUCGCAUUUGCGAUCUCCUUCUGGUCGGGUCAGGUGACCGACACGUCGUAGUCGCAUACAGUUGUCUUAUGAAAUCGAAAAUUCGGUCAAACAUUAUCUAAUUAACAUAAUUGUGAUUUCGUUUUUCUAGCUAUUUUACUUCUAUUCCUUAGAGGUAUGUAAAAAGACAUAUCGCUGUGUUAUCGCGUUGAAUAUUGUGUAAAAUAAGUUUGUACACACACACAUAUAUGUAUAUCGAAAAAUUUUAAUAUAAAUGUACACAAUUA